AUGACUUACAGCUCUACUAUCAUCGUUACCGGAGGAACGUCGGGUCUUGGUCUAGCCACGGCCCUCCUUGGCGCCGAAGCCCAUCCAGAGGCGCAGGUCGUCAUCACCGGUCGACAUCUCCCAUCCGAUGCCAUUCCCAAAGACGUCUCGAACGUCAUGUUUCACCACGUCGAUUUGAGCACUCAAGCGCAUGUCCGCAAAGCCGCAUCCGAGUUACUCGCCAAGGAUCUCGCUCCCAUCUCCGCCCUUGUGCUCAACGCCGGGAUGCAGGUGCUGAACGAGGUCAAGACGGACGACGGGAUCGAGGCCAUGUUCGCGGUCAACCACGUCAACCAGGCCCUCUUGCUCGCGCUCCUGGGAGACAAACUAAAGGACGACUGUCGAAUCGUCUUGAUCAGCUCCUCCGCACACGAUCCCAAGCAGGGCCGAUGCUCUCCGCAUUACAUCAGCGCCGAAGAUUGCGCUCGUAACCCCGCUGGAGGUGCCGAUCACAAGACGGGCGGUCUGAAUCGCUAUGGCCUGUCCAAGCUCGCCAACGUGUUGUUCGGCUACGGUCUACAUGAUCACGCUCGACGAACAAACAAGGGAUGGAUCUCGCUGGUGCUCGACCCCGGCUGUAUGGCCACGGGAUUGUACCGAGAGGGUACCGAUGCGGGCAAGGAGAUGGACGCCUUCAUCCGUUCGGAUGCGGCGAAACAGAUGCCCGACCUGUACACGGUCGAGUUCACCGCCAACACCGUGUUGAGGUUGGUCGACUCGGAAGAGUUCUCCCACGUCGAGAAGAGCGGCAAGUAUUACGUUGCCGAUGGAGCCAAGGAGAUGCCUUCCGGCGAGCAAACUCAGGAUAAGAAGCUUCAGAAGGACUUGUGGGAUUGGACCUACAACGAAGUCUUAGACGAGAACGAGAGGAGCAAAUGGUCGGGAACCGAGGUUUAGCCUCGGUACGGGGAACGUCGUAACAUGGCUCGGCUUGUGCCAGCCGGAGCAUCAAGAAGGAAUUAGGGAUCGUUGUAUGGUUUGGACUGAUCACCGCUCAUCAUGUUAACCUUGUCUCAUCCAUACCCAUG